GAGAUCACCUGUCUGCAUAUUUUGAUUCUGGUACAAGUUUUAUGACAGAUGCCCUUUCUGACGCAACCCUCCCCAUUUUCCAGGCUUGGGACCGGCAGUGAGAGAGAGGAAAGACUCAGUAUGGUUUCCGCACUGAAUCAGCUGAUGAGCCCGGAAAAUGAUCACGAGAAUUGAGACCGAAAAUUUAUUCCGAAAUUUAAUUCCACAGAUUGAGGCGGAAACUAAACUGUGGAUUUAUUCCCAAAGAUUGAGGCGGAAACUAAACGGCGGAUUUAUUCCCGAAGAUUGAGAGUGAAAUUGUGUGCUCUAACAUGAACAUGAGUGAAGGUGAGAGGAGGAGCGAAGGAGAACUCUGGCUCAACGGGAACUCAGACAAUCUGCAGACACAACUCCAGAGAGAAUGGAUUUCACAAAGUCUGUUUGUAUCUGCAUCUUGUGCUUCAUCAUGUAUGUGGACUCCCCCUCUGUAGACUCUCAGAUCACUGUACCUGCUCGAGAGGGAAACACAGCGGUCCUGCCAUGUAAAUUACACGUCACUACUGCCCAAGCACUACAUGUCUCAUGGAGUAUUGGUGAUGAGGUUGUGUUUGAGCGAUGCGGUGAGGAGACAUUUCAGCGAUCAGGAUAUGAAGAUCGUGUGGACGUUCCUGAGGAGGAACUGCUUAAAGGAAACUGUUCCCUGGUGUUGAAGAACAUCAGAAACACUGAUCAGGGAAUCUACACCUGUUCACUGAUGACAGGACACAGGAAGAGAUCUGCCAUGACCAACAAGGACUUCAUCCAGAGUGUUACACUCCUCCUAGAUCAAUAA